AGUGUAACAGUUACUAUCGUAAUGCAGUGUAUCACCACAUGGCGGCGCCUCCUGUCUCACGACUGGUGUCACCCCCUUUUUGUUCUUCUUCGCACUCCUCCUGUAAUGGAUGCUCCCGUGUGUACGCGGACUAGUGUGCUCUUUAGUAAUGUGUGGUAGAGGUAGCACUUUUAUUUUUGAUAUUGUAAAUAAAUGAGUACUUUUUGGAAAGUCAGAAGCUGUUGCUCAUUCGCUAUCCACCUGCACACCUCCGCGGCUGGCUUCAUCUCCACCGCACGUUACAGUAGGAUACUUCAACAAGCUGACUGAAGGACCCAGGGAUCAAACAUUGACCUUUUAGUUUGUAACUCUACCUGCUGCACCUCCUUGUUAAGCAUCAUACAAGUUUUACAAUUUUUUAUACAUUUUUCAUAAACAGUAAAAAUGACACGUUUUUUGUGUCCUGAAUAGAUCAGCCUGAGGGACACUGUGCUCUGCUGCGUCUGUAGUAUAGAGUGGAGCUGGUGCAAUAGAAUGUCCAUUGAAUAGAUAGAAUAGAAUCGCCCUUUAUUGUCAUUGUACAUGUACAACGAAAUGGUAAAAACUUUGUGGAAACAGCGCUGUCACAGCAUCAGCUGAAUGAAUGAUCUUUUGCGUCAUUGUUUCAUAAAUGUGGUCAGUACCAUAUUUAUCAAAGAUCAAACAUUUUUUUAUUUGUUUUGUACUACAAGUAACUUCAGUGGGUUUUAUUUGAAUAAGCUUUAAGCUGUGUCACACGAGAGUAUUCAUUUUUUUUCUGUCUCUGUUUUAACGUUGAUCAACAAAUCAUCACUACAGACUGAAACUAAAGCUGAGCUGUACAUUUUGAAAAAAAUAUCCACUGUUAACUCUAUUUGAGAUUUCCAUUUUUAGAGUCUCAAAAGUUCUCACGGGAUUAAAACGUUUUUUGUUUUUUGUUUUUGUGGUAAGCUACAGAACUCUUUGAAUGAUUUACAAAUUUAAGAGCGCAGCGACCUUGGAAAUAAAAUCAGUGUCAACGUUUUAGAAAUUAUUUGUUUUAUCACUUUUAUCCAAAGUAAUUCAAACCCAAAUAUGUAUUUACCAAGGAGGCAGUCAUCCAUGGAAAAUAGAAUCCAAUUUUAUGGAACUACAAAUUAGCAGAUGACAUCUUCUGCUACCUGAACAAUAAAUUUGUGUUAUCAUCUUUGAAUAUAGUGAGAACCUAUUGUACUAUUUUUUUUCUCGUGACCACAAUACAUGAACCAAACUAAAAAAAAAAGUCACAUGACAGUUGAAACAAGCUGUAAGUGUGAAGUGUGUAACACAAAGUGAAUAUUAUUUUAAUAUUUGGGUUAACAAGCCUUCUUUUACCCGAGAGCAAGCUUCACCAUGCAGCAGGAAUGUGCCUCAACCUCUUAAUCAGCCUCUACGCUGAGCCGAGGUCAUGUGCUGCACCUUACAGUAGGCAGCUACUUUGUCAGAACUUGGAUUCAAGUGCAAAAUUUAGUCUUUGUAAAUGGUUUCUGCGAGCAUAACUUUACGGCAGCUUUCAAAAUGAACGCGGAUGAGGGACGUGCGGAAUCAAGGAAAGAGCUUCCAAACAAAUCACUUCUGCUGGCUGUGUGUGCUGCUGGCAUCGGGGGGACCUUUCAGUAUGGAUAUAAUAUAUCUGUCAUCAAUGCGCCCACAGCGUACGUGCAAGAUUUCAUCAACCAAACCUGGAGUGAGCGUUACCAAACUCAAAUAUCAGAUGAUGGUCUCACCCUCCUCUGGUCCACUAUCGUGUCCAUAUUCACUUUAGGAGGACUUAUAGGGGCAAUGAUUGGUGGAACAUUGUCUGUGAGGGUCGGAAGAAAAGGGACACUGCUGACCAAUAACAUAUUUGCACUCCUGGCUGCUUUGCUGAUGGGUCUGAGUUAUCCUACAGGGUUAUUUGAAUUACUCAUCAUCGGACGUUUCAUCUCUGGAUUAAAUGCAGGCAUUGCCAUUUGUGUUCAACCUCUAUAUUUGGGAGAAAUAGCUCCGACUUCACUGCGUGGUGCUAUGGGAAUGGGAACCUCAAUUUUCAUUACUGGGGGGAUCUUUACCGGACAAGUGAUUGGCCUCAGAGAGCUCCUGGGGAAAGAGGAGUACUGGCCCAUCCUGCUCUCCACCACCUGUAUCCCAGCUUUUCUGCAGCUCCUGAUCCUGCCCUGGUUCCCUGAGAGCCCACGCUAUCUGCUCAUCGACAAAGGGGAUGAAGAGGGUUGUAAGAAAGCCCUGAAGCAGCUGCACGGUAUAGCUGAUUGUGACAGUGAACAAGAGGAUAUUGAGAAGGAGAGGAAUAGCUUAUCAGGUUUACAGGCCAAGAAACCCUGGGAGCUCUUUGCUGAUCGCUCUUUACGCUGGCAAGUUCUCACCAUCAUGGUGCUCAACGCUGCACAACAGCUGAACGGCAUCAAUGCUAUUUACUUCUACGCAGGUUACGUGUUCAAACAGUCUGGUAUUCCCAGUGAUAAGAUACCAUACGCCACUGUCGGCACUGGUGCCUGUGAAUGCAUCACCGCUUUAACAUGUGGUAUGCUCAUUGACCGUCUGGGAAGGAAAGUACUCAUCAUGGGAGGAUACACACUGAUGGCUAUCUGCUGCGUUUUAUUCACGCUGACCCUAACUUUUCAGGAGGCGAGCCCAGUUGUUCCAUACCUCAGCAUGGUCUGUGUUUUUGCUUUCAUCUUAAGUUUUGGCUUAGGACCAGGUGGCGUGACUAACAUCUUAACAACUGAGCUGUUCACGCAAAACUCGCGCCCUGCAGCGUACAUGCUUGCAGGGUCAGUGAACUGGUCCAGUUUCUUCUUCAUUGGCCUGGUCUUCCCCUUCAUUGUGCUCGGACUGAAGCAGUACUGUUUCCUGGUGUUCUUGGUUAUCUGCUGCUUGGUGAUAAUAUAUAUCUUCCUUGUUGUCCCUGAAACCAAGAACAAAACCUUUCUGGAAAUCCAGAACGAGUUCCAGUCUUCCAAAAAGAGGCAGAUCGGCUGUUUGGAUGGAGCAGGGACAAUACUGUUGUCAACUUCAAUAUGAAAUGUGCUUCGUUAAACAGGGUUAUUUAAUCAGUGAUUCUUUAUGUCACCCAAUAUUUAUCACACAAAUCUGAAAUAUUUAUAGCGAACACGUGAGAUAACUUCCUGAGACCCAGGUUCAUGUUUGGGAUGCAAUUUGUAAUUUUGCCCUGUUAUUUUUGAUUAGUUGGACAUAAACUAAGUUUUCUCUUUGAGCAGGGAGUUGUUACUUUAUUACAAAGCUGUUACAUACUUUUUUUUUAUCAAGUCCUAAUAUUGGGAUAAUCAGGUCAUUUUACAGCACAAUACAAUAAAGUCAACACGGCUUAACAACGUAUAAAACACAGCUGAGCAGAAUGAAGAAUAAGGUGCAGAACAGCAAAAUGAAAUACGCAAAUAUGAUGAUGCAGGGUCUCAGGUUAACAUUCUCAUCAGCCACUUUGUUAGGUACACCCACUACCUCUAAUCAGCCAAUCAUGUAACAGCAACUCAUUUAAACGUGCAGACAUGAUCAAGAUGACCUGCUGACGUUCAAUCUGAGCAUCAGAAUGAACAUUUAAGUGACUUUGAAAGUGGCAAAAAAUUGGUGCUAGACAAGCUGGUCAGAAUAUUUUACAAACUGCUGAUCUACUGGGAUUGUCUCAAACAACCAUCUCUUCACAGAGAAUGGUCUGAAAAAACUUCUGAUGCCAGAGGUCAAAAGAGAAUGGGCAGACUGCUUUGAGCCGAUAGGAAGGAAACAGUAACUUAAAUAACCAGUCGUUACAACAAGGCACAGAAAAGGAUGACAUGUUGAACCAUUACACCCAGAAAACCACACCAGGUACCACUACUGUCAGCUGACAACGGGAACCUGAUGCCACAAAUUCAUAUGGCUCACCAAAAUUGGACAACAGAAGAAUGGAAAAAUGUUCUCUGGUCUGAAGAGUCUGAGAUUCUGUGGCAAUAUUCAGACGGUAGGAUUAGAAUUUUAGGGGUUAUAUUAAGGCUGGUGGCGAUGUGGGGAUAUUUUCUUGGCACACAUUGUUUAAACCCCACAGCCUACCUGACAGCUGUUGCUGACCAUUUCCUUCCUUUCGUGACCACAGUGUAUCCAUCUGCUAAAGGUGGUUCUGCCCAGUGGGAUCAAAGUGUACCUAAAAGUUUCUGGUGGGAGUAUGUUGCUUAAUAAUGAAUAGUGCUGUAAACUAUAGUUCCUUUUUAGAUCUUCUAGGUAGUUGUGAUUGUGUCUCUUUAGCCCAACUAAUACUGAAGAAGUAAUCUUUAUAUAUAAUAUGUUGGUAUAAUAAAGGCUGGUUUGUGUAACUUUUAAAGCCAGGUCUCCCUUGUAAAAGAGACCUUUAAUUUCAAUGGGAAUAACCUGGUUAAAUAAAGAUUAAAAUAAAAAAUAAAAGGUGCUCCUCUGAGAAUUUUCAAUAAAGACCAGUUUAAAUAAAAACGUUUCAUCAUUUGUGAACU